AUGAUUCGGGUGGUGGCGCCGAAUGAGGGCGUACUGCAGGAGAUGCUGCUACUGGAGCUGCAGGGGAAAGUCCUCAUUCCACCCAAAAUGUUCAAGGAGGCUCGUGAGCAGCAGCGGCAGCGGGAAGAUGUCCUGGGCGUAAAGCAUCCACGCGAUGCGGACGAGGCUUUGACGCAGGCAGGUGCGUUGGGCGAAGAGGCGGUGGUGGAGGUGCCACUUGGCCGCAUUGUUAAUGACCCACGCAACGAGAAGCGCUGUUCAUUGCGCAUUGGAAACUUGCUGGUGGAGGGGAGCCGCGGCCAGUACAACGCACCCCUGCUUGUGCUGAGGCAGCGGAGGCCGCCUCCGGACCACGGCUCGAGGCCCGGCGCAAGGGAGAGUCCGCUCGCUGCGUCUCUUUCAGAACCGGAGCCGCGGUGCUGUUUGCUGCAGGAGUGGCUGGCGGAGCAUCCGGAGGAGCUGACGUUGGAUGCUGCGGCCGCCGCCGUCGACGCCAACGCGACGCCAACAAAGACGUACGAGCUGGUGGGCGUUGUGGGGCGCUACGUGCAUUUGAACUCCAAACCCCUGCGGACGUCGCUUUGA